AUGGUCAGAGACUGCAGACAUGAUACAGGAGAUGGUCAGAGACUGCAGACAUUAUACAGGAGAUGGUCAGAGACUGCAGACAUGAUACAGGAGAUGGUCAGAGACUGCAGACAUGAUACAGGAGAUGUGGUCAGAGAUCGCACAUAAGCUGUAGGAGACUGUCGGAGACAGUGGACUUGCUAGAAAAGUUGUUGGAGACUGGGGAAAUGUUUCAGGAGACAGUCGUAGACUGGAGAUAUAUUAAAUGAGGCUGCUAGAACUAUGACAGGCAAUAGGGAAACAUAGAUAUGCAUCUGCAUGGGCCCCGAAGGCCACA